AUGCUCAGUCCCACGUCGCGCAACCCGCUAGCGGCGGCUAUGCACUGGAAACCAUUCAAACUACAGCGGUGGUGCACCUGUCGUAUUUGCAGCUACCAUCAAUCACUUAAGAACUCGCCGCUCGAUAACGACAAUUUUGAUGUGCAGUGCAACAGGCGGCACCCCACAGCGCGAAGCGGCAAAAGUCGGGUGUGUACUUGGGCCUAUUUUUGUUGGUAA